AUGGUGCUGACCGGGUGCGGCUGGCUCCUCCUCAGUGCCGCCUUCCUGGGCACAAGGGCCGAGAUCUCUAUCACCCCGGAGCCUGCCAAGCCAGCCGAGGGGGACAAUGUCACCCUGGUCGUCCACGGGCUGUCAGGGGAGCUGCUUGCCUACAACUGGUAUGCAGGGCCCACACUCAGCCUGGCCUACCUGGUGGUCAGCUACAUCGUGAGCACGGGCGAUGAGACCCCUGGCCCGAAGCACACCGGGCAGGAGGCAGUGCGCCCCGACGCCAGCCUGGACAUCCAGGGCGCCCUGUCCAGGCACUCGGGCAUCUACAUCCUGCAGACUCUCAACAGGCAGUUUCAGACGGAGGUGGGCUACGGACACUUACGGGUCUAUGAGAUCCUGGCCCCGCCUGUGAUCAUGGCCAACAGCACAGAGCUGGUGGAGCGUCGAGACACCCUGCACCUGGUAUGCAGCAGCCCCAGCCCUGCUGAGGUCCGCUGGUUCCUCAAUGGUGACGCCCUGCCCAUCGCCGUCCGCCUCGGCCUGUCCCCAGACAGCCGGGUGCUGACCCGGCACGGAAUUCGAAGGGAAGAGGCAGGAGCGUACCAGUGUGAGGUCUGGAACCCAGUCAGUGUCAGCCGCAGCGAGCCCAUCAACCUGACCGUGUACUUUGGCCCAGAACGGGUGGCCAUCCUCCAGGACUCCACCACCCGCACCGGCUGCACCAUCAGACUCGACUUCAACACGUCCCUCACCCUGUGGUGCGCAUCUCGGUCCUGCCCAGAGCCAGAAUACGUGUGGGCCUUCAACGGGCGGGCCCUAAAGAACGGCCUGGACCACCUCAACAUCAGCAGUAUGACAGCCGCCCAGGAGGGCACGUACACAUGUAUUGCUAAGAACCCCAAGACCCUGCUUUCUGGAUCCGCCUCAGUGGUAGUCAAGCUCUCUGCGGCAGCGGUUGCCAUGACCAUCGUGCCCGUGCCGACCAAGCCUACGGAGGGCCAGGACGUGAUGCUCACCGUUCCAGGUUACCCCAAGGACCUGCUGGUCUACGCGUGGUACCGCGGGCCUGCCUCCGAGCCCAACCGGCUGCUCAGCCAACUGCCAUCAGGGAACUGGAUCGCAGGCCCCGCGCACACGGGCCGGGAGGUGGGCUUCACCAACUGCUCGCUGCUGGUGCACAAGCUGAACCUCACGGACGCCGGCCGCUACACGCUCAAGACCGUCACACUGCAGGGCAAGACGGAGUCUCUGCAAGUGGAGCUGCAGGUGGCCCGUGAGUGUGCGGGACGGGUGGAGGGAGCGUCUUUCAGACAGGGGCUGUUUUCUCCAUUGGUCGGGGAACUGGAGGUCAAGGAUGGCUAUGCCUCCCCCUAAGACUGAAAGAAGGAGACUUGGCUCCUCCAUCUGUCUUGGGGGGAUCCCCCAAAUGGAGCCCACACCUCUUCUGUCAGGCCAGGAGUAACUAGGCCUCCUUCAUCAGCCUGAGGGCUCCAUGCCUUCUCUCUCAUGUGAGAGGUACACCAGACAAUGUUUUAAAAGAGGGGGCUUAGUCUGAGGUUGGGGCCUCUUUUCCCUUUAGACAAGUGGGCCCUAAGACAAGAGAUAUUGCCUCUUCUAUGGGGGAAAUGGGCUCAUGAUGGGAGGUGACCUCCCCCAUGGGACUCAAGGCACAAAGUGAAGGUGGAGCAGGUAUACCAGGCUGGAAGGGCCUGGCCAACAGGCCAUAUGUCAUCCCUUGCAUUCUAGUAAGAAGAACAGAACUUCUGCCAUCAGAGGGUGGAAUUUAUCCUUCAAGCUGAACUAGGGGUCAUCUCCUUCAUUAGGGUAGAGCUUCCUAGGUGGUGGGAAUUAUGUCUUCUCCAUCAGACUGAGGGCUCCCAGAGUCAGAUGUCUCCUCCAUCAGACUGGGGGCUCCCAGAUUAGAGACCAUGUCUUGUCCAUCAGACUGGAGGCUCCCAGAUCAGAGACC